CAUUCUCUCUCUGUUGCGGCUGUGGGUUGGAGCCGCUGUCCCUGGACUGGCACGUUCUUUCGUAUUUUUUUCCUCAUCCUUUGAUUCGACCUCCCCCACUAAAUUGUGCAAUCAGGCAGCCCGACCGACAAAAAAACAGCCUGCUCCUUCAUUUCGAUAGUCUCACAUUUACAUCAAGAAAAAUAUUUGUAAAAAGAUGGCGGUGAGCGGGAUGUCAGGGUCGGUUGUCGCCCGGCUCGAGGGCCGAGAAUUCGAGUAUCUGAUGAAGAAGCGCUCGGUCACCAUCGGUCGGAAUUCGUCACAAGGCUCCGUGGACGUCAGCAUGGGCCACUCGAGCUUCAUUUCACGGAGGCACCUCGAGAUUUUCUCCGCCGGGGAGGACGGAACGGGCAGCGGAGAUUUCUACCUUCGAUGCCUCGGCAAAAACGGGGUGUUCGUGGACGGGGUGUUUCAAAGACGAGGGGCUCCUCCUCUCCAGCUUCCCCGCAUGUGCACUUUUAGAUUUCCUAGCACAAAUAUCAAAAUUACAUUCACUGCCCUGUCCAGCGACAAGAGAGACCGCAGGAACGCCCCAGAGUCUCCUGUGAAGGCGGUCCAACCCCAGAUUUCGCCGCUGACGAUCAACAUUCCAGACAACAUUGCCCACCUAAUGAGUCCGCUCCCUUCUCCAACAGGUACAAUCAGUGCUGCCAACUCAUGUCCGUCUAGUCCCAGAGGGGCAGGGCUGUCCAGUUACAGGAUGGGUCGCGGUCUCACAGCUGAUCUCAUCAAUGAAAACUCUCAAUCUGAAAAUGACAAGGAAGCUUCGGGAGGCGACAGUCCAAAGGAUGACUCCAAGCCUCCUUACUCAUAUGCACAGCUUAUUGUUCAGGCCAUUACAAUGGCACCGGACAAACAACUAACACUGAAUGGAAUAUAUACCCACAUUACUAAGAAUUAUCCAUAUUACAGGACAGCAGACAAGGGCUGGCAAAACUCGAUUCGCCAUAAUCUGUCUUUAAAUCGUUAUUUCAUCAAAGUGCCCAGAUCUCAAGAGGAGCCAGGCAAAGGCUCUUUCUGGAGGAUAGACCCAUCAUCUGAGGGCAAACUCAUUGAACAAGCUUUCCGCAAACGCAGGCCACGUGGUGUGCCCUGUUUCAGGACUCCACUUGGCCCCCUUUCAUCAAGGAGUGCCCCUGCAUCACCCAACCACACAGGGGCACUGUCGGCCCACUCCAGUGGUGUACAGACACCAGAUAGCUUAUCACGAGAAGGCUCGCCUAUUCCUAUGGACCCAGAGCCCACCCCUGGCUCUGCUCCUGCUCCAGCCGUCCAACCUAAAUUAGCAGUCAUACAAGAGGCUUGCUUUGCACAAAAUGCACCAGGUUCACCCCUCAACACGCAGCCAGUUCUCAUCACAGUUCAGCGGCAGCUACCACAGAACAUGAAACCUGUGACCUACGCCGUAGCCACACCAAUGUCCACUCCUACAUCUCAACAGCCCGUCAUGCAGACGGUCCAUGUGGUACAUCAGAUCCCCGCUGUUUCCGUUGCCACCAUGACCGGCCUGUCUACAACCAACACACAUGUCGUAGGGACCCAGUCUGUGGUUACUCCAUCUACGACCAUUAAAGUAGAGCCACAUGAGAAUGGAGAGUACCAAGAGGUGAAAGUGAAAGUGGAGCCGGUGCCUGCUUCUAUAGGUGGAACAAGUCACAUCAUUCAAACGUCCCAAUCCACCUCCAUACAGACAGUUACCAUAGUGCAACAAGCACCAUUAGGCCAGCAUCAGCUUCCUGUCAAGGCCAUCACACAGAAUGGAACCCAUGUAGUUGCUGCUAUCCAAGGAUCAGGAAACACAGGGUUUCAUAUGACGUUGGCCCACCCUUUGCAGCUAUAACAGCUUCAACUCUUCUGGGAAGGCUUUCCACAAGGUUUAGGAGUGUUUAUGGGAAUUUUUGACCAUUCUUCCAGAAGCGCAUUUGUGAGGUCAGACACUGAUGUUGGACGAGAAGGCCUGGCUCGCAGUCUUCGCUCUAAUUCAUCCCAAAGGUGCUCUAUCGGGUUGAGGUCAGGACUCUGUGCUGGCCAGUCAAGUUCUUCCACACCAAACUCGCUCAUCCAUGUCUUUAUGGACCUUGCUUUGUGCACUGGUGCGCAGUCAUGUUGGAACAGGAAGGGCCAUCCCCAAACUGUUCCCACAAAGUUGGGAGCAUGGAAUUGUCCAAAAUCUCUCGGUAUGCUGAAGCAUUCAGAGUUCCUUUCACUGGAACUAAGGGGCCAAGCCCAGCUCCUGAAAAACAACCCCACACCAUAAUCCCCCCCUGCACCAAACAUCACAGUUGGCACAGUGCAGUCAGACAAGUACCGUUCUCCUGGCAACCGCCAAACCCAGACUCAUCCAUCAGAUUGCCAGAUGGAGAAGCGUGAUUCGUCACUCCAGAGAACACGUCUCCACUGCUCUAGAGUCCAGUGGCGGCAUGCUUUACACCACUGCAUCCGAUGCUUUGCAUUGCACUUGGUGAUGUAUGGCUUGGAUGCAGCUACUCGGUCAUGGAAACCCAUUCCAUGAAGCUCUCUACUCACUGUUCUUGAGCUAAUCUGAAGGCCACAUGAACUUUGGAGGUCUGUAGCGAUUGACUCUGCAGAAAGUUGGCGACCUCUGUGCACUAUGCGCCUCAGCAUCCGCUGACCCCGCUCUGUCAUUUUACGUGGCCUACCACUUCGUGGCUGAGUUGUCAAUUCCCAAUUUUUAUUUUUUAUUUAUUUUUUUUUUUUUUAUAUAUCAGCCAGCUCUAAUGUGUUCUGUGGAAGAAAUUCAUGUGAGUUUGAGACAAAAUAAAGGUGAUUUAAAUAAUGAUUACUAUCGUUUAUGGGUGAACUAUUCCUUUAAAGCUGAAGCGAGUAAUUUAUGCGCCACUAGCACCACCGAACAUAAUCGCACAAAUAAACGUUCUUUUAACAUCCUUCCGAAUACCAACACAUAUCUCUGAUCUAUUGUGUGUACACACUCCUGUAAGAUCUCUAAGGUUAUCCAUUUCAGAGACUGCUGACUGUUCCCAGGUCUACAUUGAACCUGAGGGGCGACCAUGCUUCUGCGGUAGCUGCCCUAAAGCUAUGGAACAGCCUACCUUUUGUUUAUCAGAUCUCCCAAAUCAAAGUUAAAGACUUAUCUCUUUUCCCUGGCUUAUAAAUAACCUUACAGUUUUAUUGUGAUUUUUUUUAUUUUAUUAUUAUUCAUAUUUGUAUUAUUGUCAUUCUCUUUGUGUUUUUUGUAUAUACAGUGGCACAAAAGUAUUUGAACUAGGGCUGUCAGUCGAUUACAUCUCGAUUGAUGGCAUAUUUUUUUUGCAGUUAAUCGCAAUUAAUCACAGAUUUUGAAAAUGCUGAAAUUUGACACCAUAUAUACUGCUAUUCCUGUCAAAAUGUGUUUAUUUCCAUCUUAGGAAGGAAAACAAAACAAUAUGUAACAAUAUAAUGCUUUAAUGACAUUUUCCAAACAAAGCCUUUCACAAUAUAAUUUCACCUAUUCAAGUAGCGUUAAACAUUUUCCAAAGUCUAACAGUGUGGUUGACUUAUUGAAAGAAUUAGUCCCCCCAUAUGUUGAGUAUUCAUUCAUAUUUUCAUUAACUUCAUAUUCAUAUAUUCAUAAUUGUACAUUUAAAAUAUUAAUCUCAUGCAAAAGAAACUAAAGGAAGAUCUGCACUCUGGAAAUGUCUUAAAAAAAUAUUGGUUAUUUAUAGCAGUAGGGGAAUAAAAAAAAAAAAACAUUUCAGCCCACGGUCACCUUCAAUGUGUUGACACAUUUCUCAGUUCACAUAUAUAUGGAUAACAAGUUGAUCGAAACAGGUGUACGUAAUUAAGAUAAUCACACAAAAACAUUUACCCAUUGACAAUCCAUUACCCAGAGACAAUCAAAGUAAUAAACAAAGUAAUCAACUAAAUUGUUUAAAAAAGUAAUCUGACACAUCGAGCAUGCAAUGCUGUUCAUAAAUCAGCAGUCACUUACUAAAAAGUAAAGGUACUAAAAAGUCUUUAUAGAAAAGGUGUUUAGAUCAAAGUCUUCAUUUAAACCUAAAGGAGACAUAGUUUGUAAAUGAUACAUCCAAACUGCUGCUUUCUGCAGUAACUUUAUAUGUCUCCACCACGUCGAGACUUUAUAACCUUUUCAAUUUCAAUGCGUUUUAAUUGUACAUUGUGAUCAUGAUCAAUAAAAUGUCUCGCAACA